AUAUAUAUAUAUAUAUAUAUAUAUAUAGCAAGGAAAUUGUUCUCUUGCUUUAGUUGUAGCCAUGGCUUCCCACGCAGCUCUAGCUCCUUCAAGAAUCCCAGCCAGCACCAGGCUUCCCUCCAAGAACGCCCACUCUUUUCCUACUCAAUGCUCCUCUAAGAGGCUAGAAGUGGCCGAGUUUUCUGGGCUUCGAGCCAGUUCUUGUGUGACCUACGCCAAGAAUACUAGCGAGGCAUCCUUCUUUGAUCUGGUGGCUGCUCAAAUGAAUCCCAAGGUUGCAGCAUCUACUCCAAAUAGGGCAGAAACAGUGGCCAAACUGAAGGUGGCCAUCAAUGGAUUCGGACGCAUUGGCAGAAACUUCCUGAGAUGCUGGCAUGGCCGCAAGAACUCUCCCCUUGAUGUGAUAGUUGUCAAUGACAGUGGUGGUGUCAAGAACGCUUCCCACUUGCUUAAAUAUGAUUCCAUGCUUGGCACUUUCAAAGCAGAGGUGAAAAUCGUGGAUGACACCACCAUUAGUGUUGAUGGAAAGCCCAUCAAGGUUGUUUCCAAUAGAGACCCUCUUAAGCUUCCCUGGGCUGAGCUUGGAAUAGACAUUGUCAUCGAGGUAUAGUGAUGGCUUUUAACUAUCUUUCUU